AUGUUUAUGCUCUUAUAUGAUCGAUCUAAGGGAUCUGGCUUAAGAAAUAAAAUCGCUAGUGCUUUCAAAAAAAUACACAGAGAGAACAAAACAAAUGAUAUAGAAUCUAAAUGCAAAACCCAAUUAAAUAAUAACAGCAGCGAAAACGCUGACAAAAGUGAUAGCAGCAAUAGCAACAACAACACUGGCAUAAAUGACCCCAACACUAACAACAACGAAAGUGCUAACAAAAAUGAUAUCAGCAAUAGCAACAACAACACUAGCAUAAAUGACCCCAACACUAACAACAACGACACUUGUAUAAAUGACAGCAACACUAACAACAACGACACUUGUAUAAAUGACCACAACACUAACAACAACGACACUGGCAUAAAUGGCAGCAACACUAACAACAAAGAAAGCGCUAACAAAAAUGAUAGCAGCAAUAGCAACAACAACACUGGCAUAAAUGACCCCAACACUAACAACAACGACAACAAUAAUAACAAUAAUAAACAUCAUAAGCAUCAUGGAGAAUUAAAUUGUUUUAAUAUAUUUAAAAGUGAUAAAAAAUCUAAAAGAUUUUCACCUAUCUAUCGGCCUUUUUCUAAGGUAACAUUGCGAUAUGAAACGGCUCAGCGUGAUGUUACUCCAAAAAAUAAAAAACAUUUACGGGAAUUAUUACAUUUAAAAGAAAAAUUAGACAGACAUCAUUCAAAUGAAAAAUCAAGUGAAUAA